GUGAGUGAAUAAAAUUAGCGAAAAAUAAUUAUACUUUUAUUUUUACACAACAUAUAAUUUCUCUACUUCUUCAAUUUAGUAAUAUUUUAUACAACAAUCAAGUCAUUGAUUUCUGAAUUUAAACAGUAUAUGCCUAGGUAGUUUAAAAAUGAAGUUUUAAAGUUCUUGCUCAAUAUUUAAGUAGGUUUUAGACAUUUUUGACUAGUUGGUGUAUGUUAAAGUGGACUAAAUGUGUGAUAGAUAUCCUGGAUAUUUGUUUGGAGGGACUCCUGUCAGUAGUUGGGACAGGGGUUUCAAUACAAUGGAGAAUCAAAUCCAACAGCAGUACAGAGGACGAGCGGGCCCGGCGAGGUUUUGGGGCAGCAUGUCGGAGGGAGGCGGGGUGUCGGCCGCGGGCGGCGACAACUGCAAGACCAACCUCAUAGUCAACUACCUGCCACAGACUAUGACAGAGAAGGACUUGUAUGCCAUGUUCAUGACCAUAGGACCCAUAGAGAGUUGCCGAGUGAUGAAAGACUUUAAGACUGGCUAUAGCUACGGCUUUGGUUUCGUUAACUUCACGCGAGAAGAGGACGCUGUGAGGGCAAUCGACACCUUCAAUGGGUACCAAUUAAGAAAUAAAAGAUUAAAGGUGUCAUACGCCCGGCCGUCAGGGGAUGACAUAAAAGAAACUAAUCUCUAUGUGACGAAUCUCCCGCGAGCUAUCACCGAAGACCAGCUCGAGACGAUAUUCGGAAAGUACGGAAGGAUAGUGCAGAAGCAUAUAUUGAGGGAUAAAAGCAACGGUACGCCGAGGGGCGUCGCUUUCGUAAGGUUUGACAAAAGAGAGGAAGCGCAAGAGGCGAUAGCAGCAUUAAAUAAUGUGAUACCAGAAGGGGGCACCGAACCGCUCAGUGUGAAGGUGGCCGAGGAGCACGGCAAACAGAAGGCAGCUUACUACGCGGGCUGGGCGGCGGGAUUCCAACAUAAUCGAGGUGACUACCAAUGGAAUUGCGGUAGUUGUAUGGUACCAGACUCGUGGGAUGGAUUCGUACCGCAACCUCCAGGAGGCAGUCUGCCGGGGACCCCUCGAAACGGCUGCAGGCCAGGCGCGUGCGCCAACAGAGGCGGCUACCAGAACUACAUGUCGGGUAAAGGUCCAGGGAGGUCAGGUAGAGGUGGUCGGAAUCCACCCUGGGCGCCCGGGUUUGAAGAGCGGUUUAAAGGUCAAAGGUGCAGGAAUGGACCAGCCACGCCUUACUGGUAAUGGUAGGAUAAAACUAUAAGGGUAAACAGUUUCUCAAUGUAUAAUUGUGAUAUUUUAAUGAUAUGAUGAUGUGUGAUUUUGUAUGUUAGGUUUUAAAAACUUAAUUUAUGAUGUAA